AUGAAUUUACUACUAAACUUUAGAUCUCAAUUCAGGCACUCCCUACUCAGACGAUACUUAUCAACCCCAGCCUGUCAAUAUGAUCCAUUGAAUGUUGCAUUCUUUGGUAGUGGCAAUUUUAGUGUUGCAAGUUUACGUAAAUUAUUACAAUUAAGAUCAUCAUCAACCAAAUUCAUCAAUGACUUAAAAGUUAUAACAAGAACAAUAAAACCAACAGGAAGGAGUAUGAAAACGUUUAAAGAACUACCCGUAAGUGAAUACGCACUAAGCAACAAUAUACCGAUUCUAAGAGCUGAUACAUCAGAAGAAAUCAAUAGAUUAAUAAAUGAAAACAAUUUCAAUCUCACAAUAGCAGUAUCUUAUGGAAAACUAAUACCUUCAAAAUUUCUAGAGAGCUGUCAAUAUGGGGGAUUAAAUGUUCAUCCAUCACUACUACCGAAAUAUUCAGGAUCAUCGCCAAUACAAUACGCAUUAAUCAAUGAUGAUAAAGAAACUGGUGUCACUUUACAAACUUUACAUGCUACUAAAUUCGAUCAUGGGUCUAUAAUAUCUCAAUCAAAUCCAAUUGAAAUACAAGAUUCAGAUAAUUACAAAAGUCUAGAAACUAAACUUGGUGAAUUGGGUGCCCAAUUGCUAGUAAAUUCAAUCAAAGACUAUACAUUUCUAAAUCCAAAUUCUGAAACUCCCAACGUAAAACGUACACUAGCCCCAAAAAUCGAUAAAUCAAAACGUCAGAUACUUUGGAACCAGUAUAUUGCAAGACAAAUUAAGAGAUUAUAUGAUGCCCUCGGUCCCCUUUAUACCUUUAUACCAGUUCAAAUCAAGAGGAGAGAUAAACCAUUCGAAGAAUUAAAGAGAGUGAUAUUAAAUGAUGUUAAAGAAGUGGCUGAUGACGCUACAUUAAAAGAAUUGAAUCUCAGCCAAAUUGGAGAAUUCUGUUUACUAGGAGAUAGAUUAUAUAUAAGAGCAAAUCAAGGUUAUGUGUCAGCUGAUUUACUUCAAUUACAGACAAAGUCAGAGGAGAGUGCUACACAGUUCAUGAAAAAUUUUAAAAAGAAUAUAGGUGAUUCACCUCAGAGAUUUGUCGAAAGUUUAUAA